AUGCAAUCGAUCACAUUAUUAAGUUUCUUCGUGGUCGUGGUGGUAUCGGCUGGCAAUGGCGUGCCACCUAUGAAGCAACGCUUGCCCAAGAUGUCCCUUAUGACUUUGGAAGAAUAUCGCGGACGCAUUACCAAUGGUGACUUGGCCCAACCUGGACAAUUUCCCUAUCAAGUGGGAUUGAGUUUGAUGUUCGGUAACCAGGGUUUCUGGUGUGGCGGCAUAUUGAUUUCGAAUCGCUGGAUCUUGACUGCCGCACAUUGCACGGAUGGCGCCGAUGGUGUCACCAUCUAUUUGGGUGCCAUUGACAUUUCCAAUGACAAUGAGAAGGGCCAGCAGCGUAUCUACAGCUCCAAAAGGUAUAUAAUUGUCCACGAGGAAUGGGAUAGUGAACUGAUUCGCAAUGACAUUUCGUUGAUCAAAAUGCCGGUAGUCAUUGAAUUCAAUGAUCGCAUCCAACCUGCUGUGCUACCCAAAAAGGAUGGUCAAUAUUCCAGCUAUGAAGGUGCUUUGGUAUGGGCAUCAGGUUGGGGUCGUGACAGUGACGAGGCCUCGAGCAUCUCUCAACUGCUGCGUUACAUUGAGGUGCCUGUUAUUGAUCAAAAUAUUUGCAACAGUUCCUAUUCAGGUUACAUUACCGACAAAAUGAUCUGCAUCAACACCGAGGGAAAUAAGUCGACCUGCAAUGGGGAUUCCGGUGGCCCACUGGUAUUGAAGCAGAAUGGUGAGAACAUUGUGAUUGGUGCCACUUCGUUUGGUAUUAUUUAUGGUUGUGAGGUGGGCUGGCCAGCUGUAUUCACUCGUAUCACCGCCUAUUUAGAUUGGAUUGAAGAGAAAUCGGGUGUGGUUAAUAAUUAA